GUUUCGUCGAUCUCCCUCUCUCUAUAUAAAUAAACCACACACACUCUCACAAAACUGCCUUAAACCCACCUCCCAACUUCACCAUAUCUGUGUGUCCUGUUCCUCUGCGUCCAAUCUCACACACUUGCAUUCAUUCCUUUUUAUUUUUCUCUCUCUCUUUCCCAUGCACACAGUUGAGCUUUCAGUCAAUUCAAUUCAUUAAGGUUUGUGUGUUGAAACUGGCUCAAUCAAUCUUCUUCUCUCUUCCUUGAACAUACCUUUAUAAAAACCAUGGCCGGCCGCUAAGUAAUUGUGUUUCUAUCUGGUUCCUUUGGAACCCAAUUUCAAAAACCCAAAAAAAAAAAAAAAAAUAGAUUUUUAUUUUUCCGCUCAUUUAUAUGAAAGAAAGUCAAACCCAUCUUUCAUUAAGCCUCUAUUAGUCACUCUCUUGUAUUAAUUUGUGUUUGCAUUGAAACUGGAUCAAUCCAUUUUUUCUCUUCCUUAAUUAUAUCUUUAUAAAAACAUGGCCACCAAGUAAGUUUGUUUCUCUCUGGUUCCUUAGGAACCUCAAUCCCAAAACCCAAAAAAAAAAAAAAAAAAAAAAAACACAAAAACAGAAAGAAAAAAAGUUCAGAAUGCCGGAAUCGGAGACAGGUACACCGACGGCAUCGGCGCCGGCGACACCAGGGACGCCGGGAGCUCCACUGUUCAAUUCACUGCGAGUGGACUCACUGUCUUAUGAUCGGAAGUCAAUGCCCCGAUGUAAGUGCUUGCCUCUUGACGCCCCUACCUGGGGUGCGCCUCACACGUGUCUCACCGACUUCCCCAUUCCCGAUGUCUCCCUCACUCGCAAGCUGGGAGCAGAGUUCGUGGGAACGUUCAUCCUGAUAUUCGGGGCGACAGCGGCGCCAAUCGUGAACCAGAAGUACGACGGAGCGGAGACGCUGAUAGGGAAUGCGGCGUGCGCCGGGCUGGCGGUGAUGAUCGUCAUCCUGUCGACGGGCCACAUCUCCGGAGCCCAUCUCAACCCUUCUCUCACCAUCGCAUUUGCCGCCCUCCGCCACUUCCCGUGGGUCCAUGUUCCGGCCUACAUUGCCGCCCAGGUCUCCGCCUCCAUCUGCGCUUCUUUUGCUCUCAAGGGUGUCUUCCACCCCUUCAUGGCCGGCGGCGUCACUGUCCCUUCCGUCAGCAUCGGCCAGGCCUUCGCACUCGAGUUCAUCAUUACCUUUAAUCUCCUCUUUGUUGUCACUGCUGUUGCCACAGACACUCGUGCGGUGGGAGAGUUGGCUGGUAUAGCGGUCGGAGCCACUGUGAUGCUUAACAUUCUUGUGGCUGGGCCGUCUAGUGGCGGUUCGAUGAAUCCGGUUCGAACACUUGGCCCAGCUGUUGCAGCCGGAAACUACAAGCAUAUAUGGAUAUACCUGGUGGCGCCCACACUCGGGGCACUGACAGGGGCAGCUAUCUACACCGCUGUAAAGCUCCGGGACGACGAGGCUCAGCCACCACGUCCAGUCAGGAGCUUCCGCCGCUAGCGGGACAGGGCCCAUGAGACCCUGCAAUUAUAGAAGUGAGAGAAUCUUUCUCUAACUAGUAGCAUUGUGUAUUAUUGAGUAUGAAAUAAAAAGGGGAGGGGCAUAUACAGUGAAUGUGACUUCAAGUCCACGCUCCUCCUCUCCUCCUAAGGUUUGUAUUUGAAUUGUUUUUUCACUUCAACGUGUUGUAUGUCAUUCACUUUGGGUGGAUGAGUUUGUGAUGUGAGAUGUACUUUUGUCCACAACCCCUUGGACCGCCAUUCAAGGGGAAUUAUUCUAUGCUUUGCUUUCUAGGUGUUACAAAUGUCAUAUAAAAUAAAGUGCUUGUUUUGUA